AUGCCAUAUUUACCAACCCCCAACGCAUUCCUGGAGCAAUCCUCGCUCUUAUUAGAGGCAUACCCCGACAACACAAGAAUAACAACAAAAUACUCCUACCCAAACCCCUCGAAUAAAGAUAGCACCCACAAAAUCUCAAAACGGAAACCUACCUCAACCACAAAUAACGAAGAAUCAUCAACGACCACAACACAAACGACGAUAUUCGCAACACUCACACUCAAAACAUAUAAUCCAGUGACGGGAAUAUGCCUGAAAUAUAAGACGAAUAAAGCCGCGGAAGUGGGCAGAUUGAUUUCGGGGCUGGGGAAGUUGGGUGCUGGGGUGAAGAUUACUUCUGCGACGGAGGAGCCUACUACUGCGACUACGACAGCGGAUGUAGAGAUGGUUGAGGCGCCGGUUCAGAGCCAGGUUGCUACCACUCCUGCUGCCACUCCUGCUGCUUCGGCGGGUGGAGGCGGUGGUGGGAAGAAGAAGAAGGGAAAGGGAAAGAAAUGA